AUGGCCGAUCAGCAAGAGCCCAUCGUCACACCAGCCAGCGGCUAUGAGUCAUUCAUCUACAUUUACAACAAGACAAAAGUGGACUUUGCACUUGAUCGUUCAAAGGCCAUUCUCGGCUCUUGGGCCAAAGGAUGCCCCCCAAACACCAUCAAGGCUGGGGGCGAAGCCUUAGUUCAACUGAACGAUAGCUUUGGUACGAGAACGGCGUUUCUUGAACUACGGGGAGAGGUUGUGUACGAGCUGUACCACCCUUCAGACCCUGACACUCCCCUCUCAUUCAACGUCGAGUUCUGCGAUCCUUACGGCAAAUGGAACGAUAACUACCUGCGGACAAAGUCGAGUAAUCCCAAGUUGGUCUCUUGCCAAGUGUUGGACUACCCCCUUACUGGCCACCCCUUUACAGGUAUUUCCCUCUCAGAAUCCGUACCGUCCAUGCCAUUGUUAAUGGACUGCCCAGGCCAUGUCGAGGUAUACUUGGCCGAGAAUUCAGCCAGCGAUAAGGUGUUCUCUGGUGAAGACCUGGUGACACAAGUCGCGCCUCGCGCCAACAGCGACGUCCGCGCAGCCUUCGAAAUCGGGUUCAACGGCCCAUUCGGCAUCAAGAUCCGAGAUCCAGUCCAUGAAGACAUCGCCAUCGCCGCCUUCAUCACAUCCAAGAUUCGCUUUCCAAAGGGAACCGAGUACACCAACCUCGAUGCUACCCAGUGGGAAUACAUGCGCGGUCUUCUUUGGAGCGACGAUCCGCUGUGUCUAUUGUUCAAUGACUCCAGAGAGAGCAACAGCGAACUGGCGCUGGGCGACAAGUUUCUUGCCGACUUUUACGCCGGCGCACCCAGCAGUCUAACGCAAAGGAGCCACUUUGGAGACUUGCAAUUCUUCCACGCAAUGGCCGCCCAGUCGAACGAAGAUCCGCACGAUACCAAGGCAAACAUGCUUUCUUGGUUGGAAAUCAUCUAUAAGCUCGCAAUCGGCGUCCAAGACGUGAGGGAGACUGACAGCCUUGCUGGCCGAUUCCCAACCCGCUUCUCUAGCUCUUCUGAUCCGUCCGGAGACGCAAGCCUGAGACAGCUAUUCCUAGGCAGAACGCCCUCGUACCGCAAGAUAAACAUCUCCAAGCGCGCCUUUGGCCACUGCCUUCACAUGGUCCAAGACUCGUACGCAGUCGGACACACUCUCCGUCGCCUUUCCAACUCAGGAGAUCUGGACGGCAAAGAUGACGAAGGUUUUGUCAGAUUCAAGCCCGGCAAGUUUGCCAGACUCGGGCCCAUCAUCACGUUCCACACCUAUUCUGGCCAAUCCAAGCGUCACGCGCACUACGAUGAGUCCAAGCAACCCCGAAACCCGAGGGACCUCGACUCCUUCAAUCACAUCAUCGGCGCUCGAGACGCCAUCGAAAAGUCCAUAAAAUUGAUCAACUUUUACGCGCAAAAGACAAAGUGGGAGGAUGGAGUUCGUGGUUUCCUCGCCAACGAAGUGUUUGUGCUGGACCCGAAUGCAACGCUCAGCAACCCUCAAGUCGAUGAGAGAUUUGGGUUGCCGGAGACGAGCGGUCAAUCUACUCUUGAGGCCGACCGAUUGGCAGACGAAGAGUAUCAGCUAGGCAUGGAGAGGAAGAUGGCGAUGCUGGAGGGCGGUCUAGCAUUUGCUGAGCAUGUCCCUUCUGGGAGACGACCCGGGUGUCUGGGCCAACUCCCGCACCGGUUUACAGGCUUGCUUUUCAUGUUUGCGAAGUUUUUAUUCGCCUUUGUUGGAAUUUCCUGCGCAAUUGUACUUGGACAGUACUUUUUCGGGGGUUUUAUAUAA